AUGAUUACAAACAUACACAAUGUACCUGAAAAAAUAAUCAUUGCUGCUCUGACUUUAGUUGUUUCUGCAUCAGCACUGUUACCCAGUAAUGCAGACCCCAAUGAUUACAGUUGUGACCCUGCUGGACGAGUCUUUCUGCUGCUUCCACACCACACUGAUUGUACUAAAUUCUACAUGUGCACUCAUGGCAGAGAAGUUGAAUUCUCAUGCCCUCCCACGACCAUCUUCGCUUUUCACAUACAGACUUGUCAGUGGCCAUCAUUAACCAAAUGUAUUCUGAGAAGGAAGGAAACUGAAGAAGAGGGCUCCGGAGACGAGGUCGAUGAGAACAUGAUCGGACGCUUCUUAGAUCCCGUGGAACAGCAUGCUGUUGAUUCUAUAGCGAGUGUAAGACCGAUGGCUGCAGAAGGGACAAACUUCAACGGCGUUAUUAAUUGCAACCGAGCUGACGAAGCGGCGAAACACGUAGCUUACAAGGGUGAUUGUCAGAGGUACUGGAGGUGCGUUGGAGGUAUUGCACAAGCAGCAUACUGUUCCGAUGGCUUAUUCUUCAACGAGGCAACACAGCAAUGUGAUUUCGAAGCUAAUUCAAAAUGUGAUCCAAGUUUACCUGAAGACGAACUGCAAAGCGAGUUCAUCGUGUACAAGAAAUGA